CCUCGCGCUCGUCACGGAACGUCCCUUUCCCCCCGCCCUCUCCCCCCCCUCCCCGCGAGCCGCCGCCGGAGCCGCCUCGCAGUAGCUGGGAGCCGCCGCCGGAGCAGCUAUGGCCGACAACGCCGCCGCCGCCGCGGGCCUGGAGAACCACCGCAUCAAGAGCUUCAAGAACAAGGGCCGCGACGUGGAGACAAUGAGAAGACACAGAAAUGAAGUAACAAUUGAACUGCGGAAGAACAAAAGAGAUGAACAUCUUUUGAAAAAAAGAAAUGUCCCUCAAGAAGAAAGUUUAGAAGACUCAGAUGUCGAUGCUGACUUUAAAGCACAAAAUGUAACACUAGAAGCUAUAUUGCAGAAUGCCACAAGUGAUAACCCUGUGAUCCAGUUGAGUGCUGUCCAAGCUGCAAGAAAACUGUUAUCCAGUGACAGAAAUCCACCUAUUGAUGACUUAAUAAAAUCUGGAAUUUUACCAAUUCUGGUCAACUGUCUAGAAAGGGAUGAUAAUCCCUCAUUACAAUUUGAAGCUGCGUGGGCACUGACUAACAUAGCAUCGGGCACUUCUGCACAGACCCAAGCUGUGGUACAGUCAAAUGCAGUACCCCUCUUUUUGAGACUGCUUCACUCACCACAUCAGAAUGUUUGUGAGCAAGCUGUUUGGGCUCUUGGAAAUAUUAUAGGUGAUGGUCCUCAGUGUAGAGAUUAUGUCAUAUCACUGGGAGUUGUCAAACCUCUUCUGUCCUUCAUCAAUCCCUCCAUUCCCAUCACCUUCCUUCGGAACGUCACAUGGGUCAUUGUAAAUCUCUGCAGGAAUAAGGACCCCCCACCGCCUAUGGAGACAGUUCAGGAGAUUUUGCCAGCAUUGUGUGUUCUUAUAUACCAUACAGAUAUAAAUAUUCUUGUGGACACUGUUUGGGCUUUGUCCUACCUAACAGAUGGUGGUAAUGAACAGAUACAGAUGGUCAUUGAUUCAGGCGUUGUACCUUUCCUAGUUCCCCUUCUGAGCCAUCAGGAGGUUAAAGUUCAAACAGCAGCACUGAGAGCAGUAGGCAACAUAGUAACUGGUACUGAUGAACAAACACAAGUUGUUCUCAACUGUGACGUUCUCUCUCACUUCCCAAAUCUCCUGACGCAUCCAAAAGAGAAGAUAAACAAGGAAGCAGUUUGGUUCCUGUCCAAUAUCACAGCAGGAAACCAGCAACAAGUUCAAGCUGUAAUAGAUGCUGGACUAAUCCCUAUGAUCAUACACCAGCUGGCUAAGGGGGACUUUGGAACACAAAAGGAAGCUGCAUGGGCAAUUAGCAACUUGACGAUAAGUGGAAGAAAAGAUCAGGUUGAAUAUCUUGUACAGCAGAACGUAAUACCACCAUUCUGUAAUUUACUGUCAGUAAAAGACUCUCAGGUGGUCCAGGUGGUCCUGGAUGGGCUGAAAAACAUUCUGAUAAUGGCUGGUGAUGAGGCUAGCACAAUAGCUGAAAUUAUAGAAGAAUGUGGAGGUUUAGAGAAAAUUGAAGCCUUGCAACAGCACGAGAAUGAGGACAUCUAUAAACUAGCAUUUGAAAUCAUAGAUCAGUAUUUCUCUGGUGAUGAUAUUGAUGAAGAUCCCAGCCUCAUUCCUGAAGCCACUCAAGGAGGUACUUACAACUUUGACCCAACAGCCAAUCUUCAAACAAAAGAAUUUAAUUUUUAAGUUCAAUACAGUGCAGCUUCUCUGUCCCACACCAAUACGAAGCACCACCAAAUGGCUACCAAGUGAAAAAAAAAAGGCUCCAAGACACACAUGCCUCCUCGUUUUGAUGCUUCUAAAGCAAGCCAUGUAUCGGUCACUUUGCAGUUGCCAAAAGUCACUAUCACGUGGACUGUAAAUGCAUAUGCAUGAUCUCUUAAACUGUUUUACAAUUCUUUUUAACAGUCCCAAUUACCUUCUUUUUUUGCCUUUUUCCCUGGUGCCACAUGCUGACAACCGCAAUCUGCAGUUUUGUUAAGAAAAUUUCAUAGUGGUGGCACAUCUGCUUUCCACGGAAAAGUAACUUCUUUGGAAAAUGGUGCGCUGUGGAUCAAGACACUUUGGUAUGAUGCAUACAUUUUGGAAGACUUUACAGGGGCACAGUUUGGUCUGAGCCUCCAUCGUCCUCCACAAACAUAUUUUCAUAUACUUUAUGUGGAAGAAUAGAUUCAAAAAUGCAAGCCAAAUGAAUUUCAUUGGUGAAACUGAAAUAAAAGUAACUUACACUUGGCAAUUGAUUAAACAGUUAAGUUUAAAAAACAAACUACUUCAUCUAUCAGUAAUUGAUGUGUGUUCAUUAACUGCCUCAGAAACCAGGGUUGGAGAAUGAACUGUAGAUUUGGACUGGUAAAGCUUUUGCCGUUAUACCUAAUUUUUGAGAACAGCGAGCCCUAUUUGACCACUCACUUCAGCCUGUGUGUUCCUGCUGUUUUGAAGUAAUCAGAUGCUGUGCAUGGUAUUUUACCUGAGCUACAACCUGUUAUGGACUUGAACUUCUGUUUAAGCUGAAAGCAAGAGUCCUUGACGAGAAAAAAAAUCUGUCCAAAACCACGCAUUGGUUAAAAAGAAUCUUGCUUUCAACUUCCAGUAGUCAGUAUAUUUCAUUUUAAAUUGAUAAUUGGAUAAGGUUGAUUUAUAUUGGGUUUAAACUGUGGAGCUUUCAUGUUUACUGUAAUUUAGUCUUAAACUAUUUUUUACUUAGUAACCAGUGCUUAUGAUGAUGUGGUUGGCAACAAACCAGCAGCUAUUUAGAAGCAUCAUAAAAGCUUCAUUCUUGGAGUAUUGGAAGAGUAAUUCAGAAAUGAGUCUAAAAUGGUAUUCACUUGAUUUUAAAAAAUUACAAGCUAGUUGAUGUGUGAGGCUGUUUAGAAGCUGCAGUGUUUCAGCAUAAGCCUGAUAUGCAGCACACAUUAAGUAACUUUAUAUAAGCUGGUAAUAGGAGAGGUCAUUGCUUUCGGAAAGUUGUCUGGCCCAGUUAUUUUCAAAGGGAUUUGCUUUUGGUGGGGUGAAGAUGAAUAAUUUGAAACUCUGUAAGCUAUCACACAAGCUGGUUUUGUUGCCGUUGUUUACUGGGUGUAAUUUCCCAAUGCAUUGAUGUGAAGGGAUAGAAAAAUCUAAACUAAUUUAGUUAUUGGAUGUGGGUUGUAUUUACUGUGAUGAAGAUAAGGACAGAUGCCAUCAGAGCUUUGUGGAUCAGCUGUUUUUUUUCCACGGAUGAACAACACAUAGCAGGUGUGCAUUCAUUAAAUAUGUAUCUGCCAAGGUGGAGCCACUUUAAAGAGCGAGUUGUCUUGUAUCUUAAAUAGAUACAAGCGUAUGUUUAAAAUGCAAGAUUUUUACUUGCUAGAUAAUCUGUUUUAAUAUAGUGGUUUGGCCUCUGAUUAUUUAUAGGUUUUAUAAAUUUUAGAAUCAAUUUCUCUUUAAGGUGGCUCAGAUUUUUCAACUCUUGUGCACAUAAAAUUGAGUUGAAGUUCAUUGUGCCUUUUUUUCUUUUCCCAAAAGUUGAGUUGAAGCUUCAUAUGGUAACUGCAUCCUAGUCACAUACUAUAGUCUAAAAUCUUUAAACUGUGUGGUGUUUGCUAAAACUAAACAAUAUAAAGUCAAAGUUAGUAAGGUCACAAAGUUUUGUGAAAUUAGAGUUCCAGCUGAUGAUGAUGUGAACAAAUCUUCCCCCUCUUUAUUCUCAAUUUAGUUCUCUAUAUGCCAUAUAGACUGACAGUUACCCUUUUCAGCCUGCACUCACGAUUUUCCUAGAGAUUACAUACAAAUUGAGAUUACAUUCAUGAUUUUCCACAACUGUGAAGAUCUAAUUUUUUUUCUUGCACUCAGUGCAUCACAUUAAAAGUGAACAUCGGAGAACUGAGUAAAGCACUACAAAGCAUUUGCUCAUUUCUUUCUGUUGUGACCUUAUCAGCUUUUGAUUGGGAUUGCACCAUUUCAUAGUUAAUAAAGGAAACCAAGUAUAUUGCUGCACUUUUACGUUUUCAGAAGUGUUUAAAAAUUGCAUUGUUUUUAUUAUUUUUUUAAACUAUCAGUUAAAAUAGACUAAAACGUUCUUUCAAAAGAGGCAUCUAAAUGUGUUCCUAAUUUUGUAUAUGGGCUUAGGUUUUGUAACCAAUAAAAAGCUGCUAUCAAAUACUAUAAAACAUGCAAAAACUUAUUUUGAAAACUAUCAAACUGUCUUUUCAAAUUGAUUUAAGGUUUUUUUCUGUCUUUGACCAAAUUUUAGCUAGUAGAACUCCACAUCAAAGUUUGAAGUAUGUUACUUAAACAAAAUAAGCUAAUGCAGUGAUCUUUGAAACUUUGAAUACUGUUCUAAUGUGGAGUUUUAUAUUUGCUAUAGAGUUGACCAUCCAGUGGAGGAAGGUUGUGUUACACUCAUAGUAAGUGGUGUGAAGACAAAAGUGGUGCUUUUCAGACUGCCAAUUUCUAGCAGUUUUGUAGUUACAAAGGAAAAAAAUUGCAGUAAAGCUAAAGGCCAAUUUAUUCUGUCAGUUGUCUGAGUCAAAUGGCAUGUGUACAUGAUAUACAUAUAUGCUAAAUUAGGGAAUAAAUUACAAGUAAUUCAAAUUGGGAAGCAAGCAGACUUUUUCAUAACACUUUUUUUUAAACACUGUAGCCUGCUAGAACUUCCAGAAGACUUCCUUUCCAGGUUGCAGGUAUUUAUGUUCUACCUGCUUAUUCACCAUUGUCUUUUAAAGAUUGAAUAGCACAAAAUGUAUAGGCACUAUCUUAUCUUAUUCUUUGCAUGUUAGGCUCUUCUGUAAAUUUCUCCCUUUGGCUUACUUGCUUAGUUCAGACAAAAACUAAGUCCCAUUUUCAAAAGUGAUUUAGGUACUGGGGUCCCUCCUAUUCACUUUGAUUUUUGACAAUGUUACCUAGGCUAUUAAGUCAUUUAGGUGCUUUUGAAAAUUUUACCCUAUAAAUUGUUAACCAUACAGCUGGUCCUACUUACGAACAUUUUGAGAGCUACUAGGUUAGAAUUUGUUGUGCAAUGUUUUUUUAAAGAAAAUGUCUUGUAUCUUUUACAAAGCAUCUUACAAGAAUGUCUUCCUUAUCUUUUUCAAGGUGACAUAGCUUUUCAGUUUUACUUUAUGGAUCUAUUAAGCAAUGGAUGUGUGAGGAGAUGCAUUGACCGACAUGCUUUUUUUUUCUAAAUCUCAAAGGAGUUUGUCAAGUGUUCAGGUCCCAGAUUUGACCUACUUAUUCUAAUCUGAUGCAGAAUAUUUAAAAUAGAUAUUAAUUCCAUUAAAAAGCUUUCUACCUAAAUAGCCUAGUUCAGUUGGGUUCCUCUGUUAGUUUUGCAGUAGAAGUGAACCUUUUUCUGAAAUACUGAUUGUACUUAUGCUCACAAACAUAAAUAGGAAAAAAAUGAUGUAUUCAACUGGAAAUGGAAAUAUUUGCAAGAUGAAAGUGUAAAAUUAUUAGGAUGGGAGUAUAUUUUCCAAGUUUCUAAAACGGUAUGAAAUCACUAGAGGUUGUAUUUUAACAUUCUUUGCUUUUGAGAGGCAGUUGGCAAAUAGAGAUCAUCAGAUAUACAAAA